CUGACCUCCCGGUUUCUGCGGACGCUGAUCAACUUCUCCCGUUAAACCCGCUCAGAUAUACCCACACAAAAAUCUGGCACACACAUGAGGGCAUGGCAGCUGUGUUCGGCAAGAUCAGUAUCGGAAUUUAUGUGGAGAUCAAGCGCAGUGAUGGCAGAGUACACCAGGCCAUGGUGACAUCACUGAACGAGGACAAUGAAAGUGUGACGGUGGAGUGGAUUGAAAAUGGAGACACAAAAGGGAAAGAGAUCGAUUUGGAGAGCAUCUUUACAAUGAAUCCAGAUAUCGUGCCUGAUGAGGAAAUCGUACAAAGUCCAGAAACUCCUCCGCCCCCUGUGUCAAGUGCCAUCAAAAUCAACAAGAUUCCCCAAAAUAAGAAUCGACGAACAGUAGCUCCACCUAAAAAUGAACCACCCGCAAGGGAUAAUCGAGGUACGACACGAGCGCGGCCGAGCCAACAGACUGAAACGCCUCCAGCAGCACCUGCGCCUGUACCACCUCCACCGAUUCAACACCAAACCCUACAGCAGCAGAACGCUCGCAGGAAGUCCAACUGUGUGAAAGAGGUGGAGAAACUUCAGGAGAAAAGAGAGAGAAGACGAUUACAACAACAGGAGCUUAGAGAGAAGAAAGCACAGGAGGUUGAAGCCACAACCCCUAAUUAUGAAAUUCUGUGCAUGAUCCGAGACUUCAGAGCGAGUCUGGAUUACAGGCCACUGACAACUGCAGAUCUGAUUGAGGACCACCGGAUAUGUGUGUGCGUGCGGACACGCCCACUAAACAAGAAAGAGCUGACUAUGAAGGAUCUAGACGUCAUCACCAUCCCCAGUAAAGACGUGGUGAUGGUCCAUGAACCCAAGCAGAAAGUGGAUUUAACAAGAUACCUGGAGAAUCAGACGUUUCGUUUUGAUUAUGCUUUUGAUGAUACUUCGACAAAUGAAAUGGUUUACAGGUUUACCGCUCGGCCGCUGGUAGAGACCAUAUUUGAGAGGGGAAUGGCGACUUGUUUCGCCUACGGACAGACGGGCAGUGGAAAAACUCAUACGAUGGGAGGAGAUUUUUCUGGAAAGAAUCAGGAUUGCUCGAAAGGAAUCUACGCACUUGCUGCACGGGAUGUUUUCCUCAUGUUAAAAAAACCUAACUACAAGAAGUUGGAUCUUCAGGUGUAUGCAACUUUCUUCGAAAUUUACAGUGGGAAGGUGUUUGACCUUCUAAACAGAAAGGCAAAGCUGCGUGUGUUGGAAGACGGUAAGCAGCAGGUUCAGGUGGUCGGGUUGCAGGAGAGAGCGGUCAAAUGCACAGAGGAUGUGCUCAAACUCAUCGAGAUGGGGAACAGCUGCAGAACGUCUGGCCAGACCUCAGCAAACGCUCACUCGUCUCGCAGUCACGCCGUCUUUCAGAUUAUUCUUCGCAGGAGGGGCAAAAUGCAUGGCAAAUUCUCUCUCAUAGAUCUGGCGGGAAACGAGCGAGGUGCGGACACGUCGAGCGCCGAUCGACAGACACGACUUGAGGGGGCAGAAAUCAACAAAAGUCUCCUGGCACUGAAGGAGUGCAUCAGGGCUUUGGGUCGAAACAAACCACAUACUCCAUUUAGAGCUAGUAAACUCACACAGGUCUUACGAGAUUCAUUCAUUGGAGAAAACUCAAGAACAUGUAUGAUUGCAACAAUCUCUCCUGGAAUGGCGUCAUGCGAAAACACAUUAAACACUUUAAGAUACGCCAACAGAGUGAAGGAGUUUGGUAUAAGCCCAUCAGACAUUCCCUUCUCGCAGGGGGGCAGCAGUCGCUCCGAGCUCUCUCCUACCUAUGAGUAUGAUGACUUUGAUACCUCACCCAGCAGGGUGAAGGAGUUGUCCAUUGACCCCAGUGUAGUGAUGGAGGGUCGGACCGGAGGUCACUCUGUCAAUCAGCUGGAUGUGUUGGAGGCUCAAUGGGGAGUUGGCAGCUCUCCUCAGAGAGACGAUCUUAAGCUGUUGUGUGAACAAAAUGAAGAGGAAGUGUCUCCACAGCUCUUCACUUUCCAUGAGGUUGUGUCCCAGCUGGUGGAGAUGGAGGAACAGGUUCUGGAGGACCAUCGAGCCGUGUUUCAGGAGUCCAUACGGUGGCUGGAGGAUGAGAAGGUGCUCUUGGAGAUGACGGAGGAAGUGGAUUAUGACGUGGAGUCUUUCGCCACUCAACUCGAGCAAAUUUUGGAUCAAAAGAUCGAUGUGUUAAUAGAGCUCAGAGAUAAAGUCAAGUCUUUCCGCUCUGCUCUUCAAGAGGAGGAACAGGCCAGUCAGCAAAUAAACCCGAAACGUCCUCGAGCUCUGUAGCGUCACUGCAGCACCAGCGCACUUAAUGCUCAACACUUUAUUUCCUGCCUAAAACACAUUUUUAACAAUCAGAUCAGCUGUUCUUUCUCAUCAAUCCUGUCUCAAUGUGUACAUGAGUACUGUUAGUGUUGUGACCAUUCAAAUUCAUCCAUGAGAAGCACAUUUUAAAGCCUUGUUGUAUAGAAAAAGUUAAUUUCAGUUCUUACUAAAAUGAAUGAUUCAUACAAUUGAAGGCCUGUGAUGAUGUGAUGAAGGGAACUUGUUCCAAAACUGGAGCUAUUGCAUGGACAAACCAACUUUGAUUGUGCAUCUGAUUUGACCGUGUGUCUGUAAGUUUGUAAAUAUUUCAUUAACACAUUAUUAAUGCUUUUCAAAUGUAUAGAUACCCGUUUACACAAGAGUUAGCCAGUUAAUGAAAUACAAUUAUGAUCUCCUAAUGCAGAGAAAUCUCCAGAUAUACAGUUAAAAUGAUGGAUGCACCAGUAUUAGUUGAUUUUGACAGAUACAUUAGAAACAUACAUUAGCAUGGACAAACAGUUAUUAUCUGCCAAAAAUAUCAGAUCAAUUAAAUGUCAGUAUUGCCCAUGGUCAAUAAUAUAUCCUUGUUACCAUACAAAAGCUGCACGACUGCAAUACAGAUGAUCUCUAUCGAGACAUACAGAGCGGACUACCUUUGUUAUAGUUACUUAUGUUGACGUGUUGCAAGACGUAAUUGCACUGUUGAGUCGUUUUAUUUGUUUUAAGAGGGACGUAACAAAAAAAUACAGGCAGUGUUGCACCAGCUUUCCACAAACCAUCAUGAAAAUGUCUAAUUCUGCUCUUAUGGACAAUCUAAAAAAAUAAUAAAAAAAAAACCUUUACAUGGUACGUUAUGCUGUCGAUAUCCAAAAGGAGUUUUGUUACCAGAUAGUGUUUUAUGUUUACAUUUUUUUAAUAUUAAGAUUUCUUGAAAGUGGUCAAUAUUAAAUUCUGGCUACUGGUUUUAAAAUGCUAUUUAUAAGAGCAGUCCAACACGAUCCUGUCUAUCAACAAAUUAAGUGUUUUUUUGUUUUGUUUGUUUAUUCCAUUUUGAAAGUUGCUUGUGUGAUGAGUUGAAAUGCUCCAUGAGUCUGGAACUGUACGGUACUCAAUGAUUCAUUCAAUGUAUUGCGGCGCAAAAAUAAA